AUGGCGUCCGAUCGAUCCCGUCGGGGAGCGAGCACGAAGGCGCGCGCGCUCUGCAUCCUCCUCGCCGCCGCCAGCUUCUUCCUGCCGUCCACCUCCACCGACCGCAUCGACCGGGCGGCGUCCAUCUCCGGCAACCAGACGCUCGUCUCGCCCGGCGGCGUCUUCGAGCUCGGCUUCUUCAGCCCAGGCGGCGGCGCCGACGGCACCAGGAAGUACCUCGGCAUCUGGUACGCCAAGGUCCCGGGGCCGACCGUCGUGUGGGUCGCCAACCGACAGAGCCCGCUCGUCAACUCGCCGGGCGUGCUCCGGAUCUCCGCCGACGGCCGCCUCGUCAUCCUCGACGGCCGCAACGCCACCGUCUGGUCCUCCGCCGCCGCGCCUGCCACCGCAACCAUAACCAGCCGCGCCAGCGCGCGGCUCCUUGACGACGGCAACUUCGUCCUGCGCUCGGAUGGCGGCGGCGGGGGCGUGGCGUGGCAGAGCUUCGACUACCCGACGGACACGCUGCUCCCGGGCAUGAAGCUCGGGGUCGACAACCGGGCCGGCAUCACCCGGAACAUCACGUCGUGGACCAGCCCGACGGACCCGGCGCCGGGGGCCUACACGUUCAAGCUGGUCACCGGCGGCCUGCCGCAGUUCUUCCUGUUCCGGGGCCCCGCCACGAGGAUCUACACGAGCGGGCCGUGGAACGGCGCGUUGCUCACCGGCGUGCCGCACCUCCGGUCGCAGGGCUUCAGCUUCGUAGUGGAGUCGGGCCCUGACGAGACGUACUACAGCUACUCCAUCCGCAACGCGUCGGUGCUGUCGCGGUUCGUGGUGGACGGCGCGGCGGGGCAGCUGCAGCGCUUCGUCUGGAGCAACGGCGCGUGGAGCAACUUCUGGUACUACCCCAGCGAGCCCUGCGACGGCUACGCCAAGUGCGGGCCGUUCGGGUACUGCGACAGCGCCCAGUACUCACUGUGCAGCUGCCUCCCGGGCUUCGUGCCGCGGUCGCCGGACCAGUGGAACCUCCGGGACGCGUCGGGCGGGUGCGUCAGGAUCACCAACCUCAGCUGCGGCGGCGGCGGCGGCGGCGGCGGCGAUGGGUUCUGGGUCGUGAACAGGAUGAAGCUACCGGAGGCCACCAACGCGACGGUGUACGCCGGCAUGACACUGGAGCAGUGCAGGGAGGUGUGCUUGGGCAACUGCAGCUGCCGGGCGUACGCGGCGGCGAACGUCGCCGGGGGCGGCAGCCGCGGCUGCGUCAUCUGGGGCGUCGAUCUGCUGGACAUGAGGCAGUACUCAACGCCGGUGCAGGAUGUGUACAUACGCCUCGCCCAGUCCGACAUUGACGCCUUGAAGGCCGCUGAAGCUAACCGACGGCGCUCAGGCAAGACCACGGUGAUUGCCAUUGUCUGUGCUAUUUCUGGUGUGCUUUUGAUGGCGGCUAUCUGCUGUUGUUUCUGGAGAACCAAGGUGAGGAGGAGACUUCAAAGCAAAAUGGCCUCUUCCACGCCUAGUGGUGGAGGCAACUGCAAGGUUAGGAAACCACGGUUGGAUGUGGACUGGAAAUGUUCCGAGAAGGAUGUUGAUGAUCUUCCAUUGAUUGAUCUGGAAGCGAUCCUAGCCGCCACCGACAACUUUGCGGAGGAGAACAAGCUUGGAGAAGGUGGAUUUGGUCCGGUUUAUUUGGGAAAGUUUGAGGAUGGGCAAAAAGUAGCAGUGAAGAGGAUGUCCCAGAGAUCAGUGCAAGGGGUUCAGGAGUUCACCAACGAAGUGAAACUGAUCGCCAAGCUUCAGCACAGAAACCUCGUGAGGCUGCUUGGUUGCUGCAUCGAUGACGAUGAGAGGUUGCUCAUAUACGAGUACAUGGAUAACCAGAGCUUAGACACGUUCAUAUUUGAUGAAGGAAAACGUAGGUUGCUAGGAUGGCAGAAACGGUUCGAGAUUAUUCUGGGGAUCGCACGGGGCCUGCUGUACCUCCACGAAGACUCGAGGUUCAGGAUCAUCCACAGAGACAUGAAGGCUAGCAACGUGUUGCUAGACAGAGACAUGAUCCCAAAAAUUUCAGAUUUUGGUAUUGCGAGGAUGUUUGGAGGUGAUCAGACCACGGCAUACACAUUGAAGGUCAUAGGAACAUAUGGCUACAUGUCUCCAGAGUAUGCAAUGGAUGGCUUGUUUUCCAUGAAAUCCGAUGUUUACAGCCUAGGAGUGAUAGUGCUAGAGAUUGUCACCGGCAAGAAGAACCGCGGUUUCUAUGAUCCUGAGCUUGAUCUCACACUCCUCGGAUACGCUUAUAUGCUAUGGAAAGGAGGCAGGAGCGCGGAACUAGUGGAUGAGGUAAUGGAUGGCGGCUUUAACCACAGCGAGGUGCUGAGAUGCAUACAGGUCGCGCUCUUGUGCGUUGAUGUGCAGCCUCGGAAUAGGCCUACGAUGUCCUCAGUUGUCAUGAUGCUUGCCAGUGAGAACGCCACAAUUCCGGAGCCAAACGAGCCUGGAGUCAACAUUGGGAAGAACACAUCUGAUACGGAUUCGUCUUAUGGCCUUACCACAGGAAGUGUGACCACAACUGAAACAUGUACUAGGUAGUGUCCGACAGUAGAAAUUCUUGUUUCUCUUAUGUGGGUUCAAAAAAAAAAUGGUUCCCACUAGGUUAGAAAUUUCUUCCUGGCUACUGGUAUACUAUACGCUAUUGUAAACUUUACUAUUGUCUCCUGUCACAAAUACUCUGAAUUUUUAAUAUUCUUUGCCAACUGCA